GGCACUACACGAAUGUUGUAAGCACUGAAGUUGUAAAUACUGGGCUAGUCAGAGGAGUUUGUGAAGUAGUUUGAUAAAGUAAUACAUUUAACAAUUGCAAUCGACAGCAUAAUUGGAGACUUGAAAACAUUUUGAUUUUCCUUUUCAUAUGAAGUUGCAUUCUGCCGUUAGUAUCUAAAGUUGUGAAUCGUGCUGUUCACUGCUGUUUGUGGAAUGGGAUAUCAACACCGGCGCCUGACUAGCAAAGCAAGACAGUAGGUACAGAACUGCAACACGUCCUGGUUGUGCGCAAAGAUUUCUUGCCAUAGGGAACCGGGCUGCAAGUGCAUCAAUACGGUUCCUUGUUCUUGUUCAGUGCAAGCUGGUCUGCAAAACUGUUGGUAAGUGAAAGUGGCAACUUUCCACUUGUUUUUCGGGUACUGACCGAUGUAGCGAAUGCUACAGGAAUGACUGCAUAUUAGUUUCAGACAGAACGCUGGUUUAUACAGUUAUUUUGAGUGUGCCUUCACUCGUGCUCAGCCAAGAUGAUGAUAGCCUGGCUGGUUGUCCUUUUCGCGGGAUUAAUUGCACUUAUUGUAGCACAGCGGCAUCUGAAGCCUUAUUUAUGGACAGACCUACGGCUUGGGUUGAAACUUAUAAAGAUUGGAUUAAGAAUGGAAUGUUUCAAAAGAUUUGGCGGAGUUUUCACAUUGCUUGAUAAGUUCUUGUAUCAGGCCCGGGUACAGCCAAACAAACCAUUCAUAAUCUUUGAGGGAGAUGUAUAUACCUACCGUGAUGUGGACAUAAGAAGCAAUAAAAUAGCUCGGGUUUUCUUGAAGCAUGAAGUUUUAAAGAAAGGUGACACAGUUGCAAUGCUGAUGAGUAACGAGCCAGAUUUCGUCUGUGUUUGGUUGGGACUGUUAAAACUUGGCUGUUCUGUGGCUUUCCUUAACUCCAACAUCAGAUCCAAGUCCUUGUUGCACUGUUUCAACAGCUGUAGUUCUAAGCUGCUGGUGGUUGGAGCAGAUAUGCUGGGACCACUUGAAGAUAUUUUUCCAAGUUUACAAGAAGAUAACAUCAACAUUUGGGUGAUGGGUAAAAGUUGUUCUCUUCCUAAUGUCAAUUAUCUAAGUCAUCACUUAGAAGCUGCUUCUGAUGAUCCAAUACCAACUUCGUUCUAUGCUGUAAAAGACCUUAAAUCUGUAGCCAUGUACAUCUUCACCUCAGGAACUACAGGUCUACCGAAGGCUGCAGUUAUAAGUGAGCUUCAGGCCAUUAAGGGAUGCAUAGGACUUUGGGCUUUUGGUGCUACAAAGGACGAUAUUGUAUAUACCACACUUCCUCUGUACCACAGUGCAGCAUCCCUUAUUGGAGUUGGUGGCUGUAUUGAACUGGGUGCAACAUGUGUACUGAAGAAAAAGUUCUCAGCCAGCCAGUUCUGGAAUGACUGCCGGAAGUACAACAUAACAAUAUUCCAGUACAUUGGAGAACUGUGCCGUUACCUCUGUAACCAACCAAAGGUGGAAGGAGAAAAGAAUCACAAGGUUCGCCUGGCAGUGGGGAAUGGCAUUCGCAGUGAUAUAUGGAAAGAGUUCAUUGAUCGUUUUGGUGAUAUCAAAAUGUGUGAGCUUUAUGGAGCUACAGAAGGCAAUAUCAGCUUUAUAAAUUAUACUGGUCAGAUAGGAGCUGUCGGUCGAGCAAAUAUCUUGCACAAGAUGAUUUUUCCUUUCGAGUUGAUAAAGUAUGACAUUCAAAAAGAUGAACCAAUAAGAAAUGCAAAGGGUUGGUGUGAACCUGUUAAAAAAGGUGAAACUGGGCUCCUAAUAUCUCAGGUAAAUAAUAAGAAUCCUUUCUUUGGUUAUGCUGGAAGCAAGAAACUUACAGAAAGGAAGCUGCUUUGCAAUGUGUUUAAGGAAGGAGACGUGUACUUCAAUACAGGCGAUUUGAUGAUGCAGGACCAAUAUGACUUUCUUUACUUUCGUGACCGGAUUGGGGACACUUUCAGGUGGAAAGGAGAAAAUGUGGCAACCACUGAAGUCGCAGACACAAUUGGUGCAUUAGACAGUGUGAAGGAAGUUACUGUUUAUGGUGUCAUAGUACCAGGACAUGAAGGUCGAACAGGAAUGGCAGCAGUCAUCUUGAAACCUGACCAUAGACUGGAUGAAAAGAAACUCUACGAGCAUGUUGUCGCCAAUCUUCCAGGCUAUGCCUGCCCACGUUUUGUAAGAAUCCUGAAAGCAAUAGAAAUUACAGGAACAUUCAAGCAGCAGAAAUUCAAACUGGUGGAAGAAGGUUUUAAUCCAUCUGUGAUCUCGGAUCCACUUUACUACUUUGACGCCGCACAGAAAAGUUAUGUUCCAAUGACAAAUGAAAUGUAUGACAGAAUUCUUAACAAUCAUCUUAAACUGUAGGUUUUUUUUACUGUAUAAUAUAAUUUAACACUUUAUAAUUGACUGCAGAGUGCCAGUACCUGCUGAGGGAGAAUUAUACUUCCUGUAGUGCAGGUGAAUCUAGACAUAUAAUAGUUUUUGUGGAACUAAUAGAAGUAUUACUGUUAUGUAAUGAUAGACUGGGUUUGGUGGGAACAACACAGGUCUGCUUAUUAAUACAUACCUUGUUCCGUCAAAUUAUAUCUCAAGUACCAAAAAGCCUUUGCCUCCAAGGAUCAGCAUUACUUGUACAAUGGACUGCAUUGCAACUUAAGAAUUUUUUAUAUUUUGUGUGUAAAAGGGAAUCAGUUGUCUAUUCAAGAAAACAGUUCUGUUUUAACUGAUAAUUCUAAAUAGAGACCUCUCAACAUUACUUUUUAAAUGUCACUUGACUUUGUCUCUAUUAUGUCACGUGAAGAAGGUUGUUCAGUGGGGGUUGAGUUGUGAUUGUUUGUGGUGUCUGUUGACCACAUUCUCCAACCUGUGUGUUAUAUCCAAUAUAUCCAUGAGAUGUUCCUUUUUGUGCCUGAAUUUAUUUUUAUAGGAUGCUUAUAAGGAUACAUUUCUGUCCACUAACAUCGCAUUAUGAAUAGCUACACUUCAGUAACAUUACAGAGCCCUCCUCAUUUUAUAUUUCUGUGCCUGUGUCUUAAGUCUCCUCCACACAUGAUACCAUCCAGCAGACAAAUAUAAACACGAUGCCAGUCUUUCUCUUCCGUAGUGGCAAAGUGCAUACUUCAAGAGAAUUCUAGUAAUUACUUAAAUAUAUUUUUCUUAUUUUAGUAAUACUCUAAUUAAAAGGGUUCUCAUUGCUUAGGUCAGCAAGAGAAUAGAUUGCAAGGUACACGUGCCCCUGAAAACUUUAGCUUUUAGUGCUUGCUUUCAGGUCAGUAGCAUUUAUGUUGCUUUCCAAGGCUGCUGACUGUCAUGAAGAGGUUCUAGUUUUACCAAAGAUUUACUGCCAUGCCUUACAGCACUGUAGGCUUUUUGAUCUGUAUGGCCUGGUUUCCAUUGUGCUGCUUCACUCUGUGACAGUAUCUGAAAUCUAGCAUUUUGAUAUGAUACCCCAAUCUUAUGGAAUAUAUUACCGUAAUUUGGUAACCCUCUGUAAAACACUGCCAUUUGUUAACAUUCUCUUCAGUGCAAUUUAUGAGCAUCUGGAAACUAUAGUAAGUCAAAAGAAAGGGGUCUGUUUUAUUGCUGAAACUGUUUUAUGUUGUCACUAUCCAGUAUGGUUAAACAGUGUUCUGUUCUUGCUACACCAGUAGCUAAACGUUUGAUUCUGUGCAUAAAAUAACUUCAUAUCAAUCACUGUCAGGCAGUUAGUUUAUAAACCAGUGCAGUCUUUCUCAGCAGCAAAACAGCAAGCCAGAGUCAGCACCACUUCAACUCUCAGUUGUUUACAGUCAUUGAGUGUAAGUUUCAUCACAUGGAUUUUAUCAGAUGCAUGAUUACAGCACACCACAAGAUUAAUUAAAAAGCUAGUAAUUUCCUUUGUUUGAAUCAUCCAAAAAUAUUAACUAGUUACCUACUUCACAUAAUCCAUAACCUCAUAAAUCAGUUUCUGCAAAAGGGUGCUUUUCAUGCCACUUCAGACUUCAGCAAUUUGCUCAGCCUCUAUCUUUUCUGAAAGCUUGGUGUUAAUUUUUUAACUGAAUUGAUGUGAUUUGUCAAAAUAUUUUUGCUAAAAGAUAUUUGGGUUCUAAAAACAGAAAGGGCUUCUUUGUCAUGGAGCCAAACUGUAGUAGAUGAGUACCUCAUAAAGCAAUGUAGUUUGAGUAUGCUGUGUUCUAGGUCAGCUCACCAGCUCUGUUUUGCAUGCAUCAUUUACCCCUGAGCAGGCUGUAUGGGCACAAUGCCGAGGGCCAGCAUCCAUAAUUUGUUCAUCUUGAGAGGGUUGGUUAUCAAACACUGUAAAUCAUUCCCAGUGGAAUAUUGAGAUGUGAUUGUCUUUUGCAAACAUAAACUACCCCUCCCACAUAAAUACCGAUGAGUCAUUUUGGUAACAAUAACAUUUUGAUGGAGGAGAAAUGCAUGCCUUUAAACCAGUUGUCAUUGGCAUAAAUGACACAGUGACUUCCUGUCACACAGUCCAGCAACAGACUUCUGACUGAGAAGAAGGUACUUAUAAAAUGCCUUUCACCAUCUUAAAUAAUUAGAGGUAUCCUUGAAAAUGCUAUACUACAUUAUAAGGGGAACAAAUAGCCUUCAGAAGUGCAUUGUGUUAUGUCAAAAGUGUUAACAGUAUGUCAGGAAUUUCAGCCAAGUAACAGAGAAUUCUGGAGGGAAACAAGAGCUUUCCUGAAAGGAUGUAAACUAUGUAACUUCCUCCCACUUUUGGAUUACCCCCAAAGACAUUUACUAGGUUAGGAGUGUGGAACGUGGAAACAUUAUUACACCUACCUCUGACUUUACCAGUCUGUGUUGUACAACCAGCUUGCCUUCUGUAACUUUAACUUUACCUCAUUUAGGGCUUUCGUGUACAGCCUAAUAUAAAUUUAACUUUGUCAAUAUGGUGAAUAGAUCAGUUUCAAGUAUAUGUCUACUCCCACUCGUGAGGUGCAUGCUCUCCUCUUUUAAAUGUGGUCCAGGCCAUUUAUUUUAUUUAAAUUUGUUGACUGGGUUAGGGUGCUGAUUAUUGAAAGGACCUAUUUCAGACUCUGUUCAGGAGGCAAACAGCAUACAUGAUUGUUUUCAGCAAGAAGUGCAGUAGUUCAGGGAAGAAAUACAGUAUCUACUCAUAUUGUUACCAGGUAUGAUUAAAUUACACAGUCACUCUGCAGUAUUUACACAACCAGCAUGUAUCUUUUAAUUUGCUUAUCACUGGCAUACUCAUACAAUCUGUACAUAUUAUAUUUUAUAGUUAAUGGACAAAAGAGCUAUAGUGGGUAGAGAGUUGCUAAGAAAGACUAAGGGCAUUCCGUAAACCCCCUUCCAGACUGAAUUCCUCUUUGGACAUGUUUCCCAAGAACUAUUGAGAUGCUUACAAAAUUGGAAAUGUGUUAGCCAACUGAGGGUGUCUUCAGUGACUGUUUUUUUCUUCUUUAAACUCCACCUCGCCCUCAGAAUGAAGAGGGUCCCUGGUAAUCCGACAGUAUUACUUCCCAUGACUGUGGCUACACUGUCUCCCAGGAGUAUGAGCCACUUGGCAUAGUCCCAGCCGCAUUGCAGAUCCACAUAAAGGAUCUUGUUUUCCUAUUUUGUCCUAGCCUAGUUAGCUAUCAACACAGGCUAGUGGGUUUUAAACAUGAUCUGUAGCUUGCUGCAUCCUAGAACUGUUAAUGUUCAACCUUAGAAGGUUCACCUGAAAGAUGGUCUAGUUUCUGCUGAGCUCUUGGAUGUGGCCUGGGUAUUUGUCAGUGUAGUCAUGGAGCUUUUCCCCUCUGUUGAGAGGUAAACAGUUCUAUUCCUACCUUUUACUUGCUCCAUAGAGAGACGCAGCCUGCUCUUCAGUGAGCACAUCCUUUAUGUCAAUUUCUGGAGAGUGCUUCUCUGCGGGUGGGGGUGCCUUCUGUACCAGAGUACAUGGAUGGUAUCACUAAACUGAUGUAUGCGUAUUGGUACAUCAUUGCCAUAGGACCUCACAGGAAGUUCAUUUGUUUGACUCCAUCUGGGCUUUUCUUUCAGUACACAAGGUUUCUAAGUUUAUAUUAGAACCGUUCUGUAGACUGAGUGUUUAAGCUGAUAGGUACUUGGCAGAAGCCUUGCAGAAGAAGGAACUUCUUGUCUUCCCUUCCUAGACAGCUGGCUUGUGGUGGUCCUUUUAAGCAUCUCCCCAAUAAGCAGCCCUUUCAUGGGUAAUUCUAAUGUUGCAAAUUCUGGGGUUUCCAUAUAUUCGAGCAGUCUUAUCUGAGUCUAGCACAGAGGAUUGCAGUCACUGGGGCAGAGUGUUCAUUGUCUUUCAUUCCUGUCUACAGAGAGGGCCAAGAAUGUCUUAGAUCUGGCAACCUGUGUGAGUUUAUAGUACAGCCCAGACAUUGAUGCUGCUGUAUUUCUUGGUUUUCAUAGUCUUGUUUUUCAGAGGUUCUUUUUACAUGCCUGAGGAUGAAAGCACUAUACUGGGCAGUGUAGUGCCUAUAGGUGCACAUCCUUCACAGUCCUGUUGCUGAUGCUUUCCACUGGGCAGAAGAAUGGUUGACAAUGUGCACCAAUCUUAGUGUUGGCCGUCCAUUUCUGCAACAAAGCAUUUCAAAUUGCCUGAUAAUGAAUGCUUUCCCGGAAAGUUGGGUACACUUAUAGUUUCAUGUCUUAUGCAGAUAACAUGGAGCCCUGGUGAAACUGAGCUUCGCUAACCUAGCUGACAAUGUUUCUCAUCCUCAAAGUUUUUUAAGAGGAACCAAGACCUGAGCCCUUCCUGCUCCAGUUGGGCAACCAGGCCUUGUGAGUAAUAUGUGAACAGAACAGACAGUGUAGCACUUGCUUAUGUGUCCUCUGCAGAGAUGUGAUGCAGAUGUCCUUCUAUUCAUAUACUGCAGUAUCCUUAACAUGGGGGAGUCCACCUCUGGUUGACUCAUACGGCUGGCUGUUUUACCAAAGUUAAAUGUUACUGUGAAGGUACGUGAAUCUGCAGACAAUUUAGCACUUGCUUCUGUAUCCUUUGUAGAGAUGUGAUGCAGUUCUACCAUUUGAUCCAUUGACUGGGUCAUCACUCACAGAUGUCCACAUCCCAGGAAACAUGAAUGCAUAGGGAACAUCCUCAUUCAUAACUUCAGUCCUCUACUGGUGCAGGGAGAAGUGGAACCCUGCAUGGUUGGUGUCUUCCAGGAGAUAAAACCCUGGGGGUCUUUCCUCUGUGCUGCUCAGAUCAAUAGUGCAAGUGGUGGGUGCGGUUGUUGGUUGCUUUAUGCACUUUAUAACACCUUUUCAGUGACUGUGUGCCUUCUGGCAGCAUUCAGAGAACAAAGAACAACAUUCAUCAUCACUGUUUCAUGGUGGCUUAGAAGGGUAUAAUUUCUUUUUGUCAGUUCCCUAGCAGUACAGAAAACUAUCGCAAUACAUGACAAAAAAAAGUACCUCCAUAUCUUGAAUAUGUCCAGUUUUACUCAUACUAGGAGCAGGAAAAUGGGCCAGUUGUUUGUCCUCUUUGCUCCAGGGAAAGAGAGUCCUCUGGGUAACUGAGCAAACCCUAAGUAUUGCUAAUUGCACUUUUUCCUCAUAGCUGGUUAAUUCCCUGUGGAAACUGGUUCUGUUAAUUGCCACGUCACCAGGGUUAUGUCUGCUUUCAGUGCUUUCUUAUGUAAUCUCCCCAUUUCUUACAUUUUUGAUACAGUUAUCUGGCUGCCAGUUCACAUCUUCACCAGGCACUGUUGAUGGGACCAUUUUUUCUGGCCUUUGAGCUCCUUUAGGAUGUCAGUGCUUCAGGACUCUGCCUUCUGAACUUUUGUCUUUUGGCCUUUUUCUUACUUGCGGCCUUCCAAAGAGCUUGUCAUCUCACUGCUUGAGAUUUUUCCCAACACCUAUGCAGGAGAUAAGUGCUCAUGAUACAAUGCCAUGAAUGAUGGAUAAUUAGAGCAUUCACAUCAGUCCACCCUUUCCUCUAUAGAAGGAACCAUAAAGAAAAUAUGUAAUUUUAUAGUCUUGUCGUAAGUAUCUAACUGAUGAGUGUAUUGGGCUGUUUGCCAUCUUUGGCUCAUGAUUACAUGCUGUGCUGUAUCAGAAGGUACUCAGUGCUGUUUGUACAGAAACGAGAUGUGUUUCCACUGGAGUGGGAUCAUCAUUAGAGGAAACCCAGCAGUAACUUGCACCAGAGGGUCAUUCCUCAGGUCAGCUGUUGAUAGUGACUACAUAUCUUGUUUCCCAUGUUCAGCUGGAUACAGUUUUACAUUUUUUACUGAAAGUGGAUUUAAUGACAUGAUGAUUUAAAUAUUUUCAAAAAUAGCUAGCCAUUUGUGUCUGUGUGUGUGUGUGUGUGUGUGUGUGUGUGUGUGUCCACACGCGCACAUACACAACUAUAGAUAUCCCAUUAAACUCCACUGACUACAGCACAUUUUUUAUAUAUCAACUGUCUUGGCCGUACUUGCACUGUAUAGGUAUCUUAAUCAUGACCCCUUCAUCAGUUCUGUGGUGUGGAAUCUCAUUUGAGGUGAAAGCAAGUAGGAUGUUAAUGAGUGGUUCCACAUUGUACAUGAAGGAAGACUGUUGCCCUUCUGUCUAGUCUAAUCCCAAAAUAUGGAAAUUGAUGUGCAGUGUUCUGUAAGUGUAGACAUUUCUCUAUUGUAAAACGGAAAACCGAUGCUAAAUGCAGACACCAUGUGGAAGUACUCCCUGUUCUUUAGACUACAGUUCCACUGAAGUGUCAAGCUUUUCUCAUCAUAGAGUGCUUUUUCUUCUCUUCAUUCAAACCCCAGAAAUGCUUCAUACUCAGUGGAAUACAAAUAAAACAUUAUUUAAGUAGUACUUUUACGGAUUUCUGUUUGAAGCUAUUUCUCUGCACACUAGUUUGACUUUUUAUGAAACGUUCAUUAUUUCCUUCUGGCAUUUGUUGUAUUAUCUUGGGAAUCAUGUAGGCUAGGAAGGGUGGCUACAUCCUUAAUGUAAUCAAGGAAGAUCACUAAUUCUAGUUGCAAACUCAAUAACUAGCUUUAAACCUAGUAAUUGAAUACAGUCAGCCUUUUAAAUCAUGUGUAUGAUUCAUCUUUCACAUACUACAAGCUUUAACACCUCAGUCAGGGAAUAAAAAGCAUUAAAUAAGCUAAUCUGUCAGACUUAGCUUUGAAGUGUAACUUAAUGUUAUUUAACAGAUGGCGUCUAACAAUUGUCAUAGGAGAUGAUUGCAAAAGGCAAACUGACAUUCUUGUACAAGACAGUCAAAAAGAAAGGGA